UGAAUUUUCCUGGCUUCUUACCCUACCUUCCUAUCUCCUCGGGUUGACCCACCAAAACCCUACUUUUUACCAUUAAAAAUCUGUUUACUCCAAAACUAUGAAUAAUCUUCUCUAUUUCUUUUUCUUUCUUAAAUAUAUUUAACAUAUAUUACCCACCCCCUAUAUAUAUACUAACAUCACCACUCAACCCUUCAUACAAACCCAACUCAACCCUUUCUUUUCUUCCACCUUUUGAAAGACAAAAAUACAAAAACCAACCUUGUUCAACUACUGCAUCCUCUGCCUAUAUCUUUUUCCUAUUUGUACAAUCCAAAAGAAAAAAAAAAUGGAUGGAGGCUGCAUAGCCAUAGAUGAAAGCAAAACCAGUGAUUCCAUGUCCAUAUUCAUAUCCUCUCUUUUACCUGCCGUUACCAAAUCUCCCGACUCUCUCUGCCGAGUUGGAAGCAGAACCAGCGUGAUUGUGGAAUCUAAAGCUGAAUCUAAAAAGCUACCUUCUUCCAAGUACAAAGGCGUUGUUCCUCAACCCAAUGGCCGAUGGGGUGCCCAGAUAUACGAGAAACACCAGCGUGUCUGGCUUGGAACGUUCAAUGAAGAAGAUGAGGCCGCCAAAGCCUAUGACAUAGCGGCUCGAAGUUUUCGGGGUCCUGAUGCCGUCACUAACUUUAAACACCUCCGAGAAACUGAGGAAGAUGGCAUCGAAAUAGCCUUCCUCAAUACACAUUCCAAGGCUGAAAUCAUUGACAUGUUGCGUAAGCAUACUUACAAUGAUGAGCUUGAGCAGAGUAGAACAAGGAGAUGCUAUGGCUUCGACGGGAAUGGGAAACGUGUGGUAGGAAACGAGGCUGUGUUUGGCUCUUUUGGUGCCGAAGUGAAAGCGCGUGACCAACUAUUCGAAAAAGCUGUGACCCCAAGCGAUGUGGGGAAGUUGAACCGACUAGUUAUACCUAAGCAGCAUGCGGAGAAGUACUUCCCAUUGGAAAGUGGAGGUUCUUCUUCCAAAGGAGUUCUUUUGAACUUGGAAGACGUGACCGGUAAAGUUUGGAGGUUGAGAUAUUCCUACUGGAAUAGUAGCCAAAGUUAUGUGCUAACAAAAGGGUGGAGCCGCUUUGUUAAGGAGAAGAACCUUAAAGCCGGUGACAUUGUUAGCUUCCAGAGAUCAACAGGAGCCGAGUAGAAGCUUUACAUUCACUGGAAGGCAAAAUCAGGAUUGGGAAACCCGGUUGGGCUCAGGCUAUUUGGGGUCAAAAUAUUUGGAGGAGCUGCAACAGGAAACCUUGGAUGUACUAAUGAAAGGACUAGAGAAAUAGAACUUCUGGCAUUAGAAUGUAGCAAGAAACAAAGGGCAAUAAUUAAUGCCUUGUAACACUACCUUACUAACCUUUAUAUCUUUUCGUUUUUGGGAAAAUUUGUGACUGUAAAGACGGUGUACCUGGCUAAGAUGGAAGGAAAGGGAGUGAAACAUGAUGUAUAUUACAAAGGCAAAAGACUGAAGAAAGCCGAUAGAAAAUAUCUUUCUAUUUGAUUAGUUUACAAACUAUACAUAUGGUAGCUUCUUAAUUAAUUCCAGAGAUGGAAUGAGAGAGGGAAAUUAUUUGGUAAAUGGAAUAUAUGCAGUAUUUCAAUGAAAGAA